AUGGGUAAUAAAUUAACAAAUUUUUUUUAUAUAAUAUCUGACUACAUAAGAUAUAUAUUUAGCUAUUCAAGGUAUAUACUGUUUACAUUAAACAUGUAUUAUUUAGAAAAAGCUACCGUAUCACUUUUUGGAGAACCAACAUUCAAACGUCUUGAGAAAUUUGUCAGUUUAUUAUUGUUAAGUGUAAAAUUUAUCGGACUGUUUCGUCUUUUAAUAUGCAUACUUAAACUAUUGUAA